AUGACCAGCAACAGUCACAUCUCUCCUACCAUGGUGCCCUACACCUCCGUGCUGGACUCCAUACCUACGGAGGGCGUUGCUCUCACGCCUAGCGAGGAAGAGGGCCAGGCGGGGCUCGUCAGCAAGCCCUACAAGUGUUCAGAGUGCGGCCGCUCCUUCGUCCGACUUCCCGAGCUGGAGCUGCACGAGAUGUCCCACGCCACGGAGCGCCCCUACCCCUGCGACCUGUGCGGCAAGGCCUUCGCCCAGACCUCGGCCCUGGCCAAGCACCAGCGCGUGCACACGGGCGAGAAGCCGUACAAGUGCCCCUCCUGCGAACGGCGCUUCGCCCUCUCCUCCGGCCUGGUGCUGCACAAGCGCAUCCACACGGGCGAGCGUCCCCACAGCUGCCCGCUCUGUGCCAAGACCUUCAUCUCCUCCUCUCACCUGGCCCUGCACCUGCGCUCACACACCGGCGAGCGCAAGUACAAGUGCGGCGUCUGCGGCCAUCCACUCCGGGAGAAGCCCUUCAAGUGCCCCGAAUGCGGCAAGGGCUUUGGCCGCGCCUCGCACCUCAAGACCCACCGGCGUCUCCACACGGGCGAGAAGCCCUUCAAGUGCACCCAGUGUGACAAGGCCUUCACCCAGAAGGCCGGGCUCAUCAUGCACCACCGUCUCCACACGGGCGAGCGGCCCUUCAAGUGCGACAAGUGCGGCAAGGCCUUCCGAUCGUCCGCCCACCUGCUCUCGCACCAGCUCCUGGAGUCUGGCGAGCGGCGCUUCUGCUGCGACCGCUGCGGUAAGGCCUUCAAGUCGCCGUCAGCGCUGAAGCAGCACGAGAAGACGCACGGGAGCAGCGAGCCCUUCCGCUGCGGCGUGUGCUACCGCUCCUUCGCCCGCUCAGCCUACCUGCAGCUGCACAUGCGCAUGCACGACGGCGAGCGCCCCUACCACUGCAUGGUCUGCAACAAGAC